AUGACAGACGGCAAGCUGGAGGCAAAAGAUUCUCUCGAUAAUGAAAAUAUGUCGUCAACUAAACUUAUCGAGAAAGAAGUCUCCGAACGUAUCAUAUUUCCAGAGGAGUUAAAUACAUUCUUGCAGAACCAAAUUCGUGAAUUAACGACGGAGAAUGAACGUUUACGACGAGCAUUUGAGCAAACGGAGGAGAAGUUGCGAAAAUUGUCGCGAGGAAAACAGAAUUUGCAAAAUGCAACGACGGCCGAACCAGCCACAACGAAGCUAAUCGAACUUAGCAAGAAAUAUAGGGAUCGAACCGCCGAAGUGGAAGCACUGAAAACGAAAUGCAAGAAUUUGGAAGCCACUCUGGUCAUCAAAGACGAAAAUUUAGAACGCCAAAGAACGGAAUUGCAACAAACUCUCAAAUCUGAAACAUGCAAGGACUCCGGCGAUAGCAAAGUUGACGAGGAACGAAUUAAAUGCUUGAAGAACAAGUUGCAACGGGCCCAAGCGAAGCUUUGUGAAUCCAGAAACACGUGUGCCGUUCUUAAGCAAGAGAUUAAUAAAGCACAGAAGUUAUUGUGCAGCGAAGUGGGUGAAAAUAUCAACAUCAGUGCGCUGUCGAGUAUACCUGGCGGUUGGCGUGGACGAGCUGAACAAAUCCGAAAUCUGCAACAGAAAUUGGCGGAGCUACAGAUGAAAUUGUUCGAAAACGAAAGAUCUCAAAAAGAAUCUUCCGAUCGGCAAAAUUUGGUAUGUCUCCGAAAUAUUGAAAAAGAAAGACGACAACAAAUAGAAAAUACAGCGAAAGAGCUGAGGCAAGCGGAAGUAGCGUUGGAGGCUUCAAAAAGAAAACUCGAAGCUUCCAAGGCGAGAAUAAAAGUAUUGGAACAAGAAUUGAAUAUCGCGAAGGGAAACAUUGUGAUGUUAAAUGAGAAAAAAUCUCACGACAAUCGUCUCAUUGACACGCUUAACGCACGAUUGAAGAUUUCCGAAGCGAGGUAUCAAGAUCAAGAAAUGGAAGUGCAAAGUAGGGAAUACAAAAUCGAACGAGAGAACGCUAAUAUCAAGAAUGAGUUGCGAGCAGCGCAGUUGCAUGUGGAACGAUUACGCAGGAGAUUGGAGGAACGCGAGAUCGAGAUUGACAAAUUGAGAAACGGUAUGCUGUCGGAUGAAUCUUUGAAGUACCGAAACUCGCUUCAUCCAGAUUUUCGAUCAACUGAAGAGCGGCAGAUCAGUCCAGGUGCUAGUCCUCGAAGCUUAGGCGAACCGAAUGAAUAUGUAACCUUGGCUCUAGCUGCUGAAGCCGAACGCGUGAGACUGUUAGAAUUAGUAACAUUACUUAAUCAACGAGUGGACAAGGAAAGGAACGAAGCUGAUGCACUUACAGAAUUGCUGCGUAAGGAAAAGAAUAAGUGUACGAAAUUAGAAUUAAAAUUGCGAGAUUCGGAAAAAGAGAGAGUGGGGCUUGCUAAAGUGGAUACAGGAUACAGAGCAAGAUUUUGCGCAAAAUCGAUGUCGAAUAUACGAACGGAGGAAGAAAUCACUAACCCCGAUGAAAUUCGUUAUAAAAUCGAAUUACUAGAAGAGGAGUGUCUCGCAUUGAAGGCCAGAUUAGAUACCGUGCAGCAGGAUAAAGCAUCAGAUCUUGCAAUGUACAAGCGAAUGCUCGAUCAAGCUAGGAAGACUUUCAAAGACGCGUGCAGAAACAAACUAGCUGCCGGUGGAAGUCGCUCCACGAUAACUGUUUAAACGUGAAGGUACCGCAUGAAGAAACUAAGGAGCGUACGAUCAAUCUGAGACAAACUAGUCCGAGGAAAUCUGAGAGUUUGUGGGGGAAAUGGUUCUACGUUAUAAAUAAAAUAGAACAUUCUUAUAUGAAACAGACGGAACACUCGUUUGCGAUAGGAAUAGAUGUAGCAGCAACAAAGCCGCGGCAUGGUGAUGUAACUGGGACACGAGAUAAGGUGCAACGCCUCCACGUAAACCCGCGUGACACCGUCGGAGUAAAACUCACAGUUUCGUCUCCACCUCGUUCCUCACCAUUCCCCUAACUCCGAUGUUUGCCUCAGCCGACUCGUUUACUUCUGCCAUUGAUAUCGCACGCGGCGGCACCGCGGCCGUAAAUUCAUCCCGCUUUUCGUUACCCAAGAGCAGAAGCGACACGACUCUCAACCUCGUGCUCUAGACUAGAAAUCCGAAAGAUUGCGUUCCUCUCUCGAGGAACACCCAACUGGUAUCUAUACAUCGUGAUGUCAUAUAAAUGGUUAAAAAAAAUAUAUAAAAAUUCAACAUUAACAACUUUCGUAAGUCGCUUUAUUGUAUGAAGCAUAAUUUUGUACAUCGAUAUAAAAUUAUGUGAUUAGAAAAAAAGGAAUAAAUAAAAUUUUACGUCCAAGCGAUCGUUUAUGACCGAACAGGAAUGAUCUGGGAUGCGCGCGACUGUACAUCAAUUUUAUAUUUCAGUUUUAUGAAUCGCCAAAUACGCAAUUAAUGUAUUAUAAAUUUUUAUGGUACUGUUUGGAAAACCAAUCAUUAACUUGCACUGAAGCUUCUCGUGUUCUAUUAAAUAUUGUAUAGUUAAUAUAAUUUAA